AUGAAACCAUCAGAGAUACCAAGGGUAGCCCUAAGAUGGACUCCACCAGGAAAGAGAAACAGAGGGCGACCAAAGGAGACAUGGCGACGGUCGGUUGAAAAGGAAAUGAAUGAUCAGGGGUGGACUUGGGGCACUGUACAGGCAAAGGCAGCAGACAGACAGAGAUGGAGGUCCUCGGUGCAGGCCUUAUGUGCUCAAAGCACGAAGAGGACUAAAGUUGACACAUUGGCGCGGCGGAUGAGAUCUGUCGGCAGUUUUGUACUCCCAGGGAACUCCAGCCCUGGAAAGGCUUUUAACAAGAUCCCUGGUCCACAGGGAAUCUACAGCUUUCCCUUCAUAGGAACAGCUCUUCAUUUCAAACCUUUCACCAAUCAAUCAUUUGGAAAUAUCAAUGAUUUGUUGCAUGUUCUCCAGCAGAAAUAUGGCGAUAUUUACAGAUUUAAAGGCGCCUUCCGCUGGAUUGUGGUCAUAUCAAAUCCAGAAUUCGCCAAAGAGGUUUUAAGUUUAAGGUUGAAGUAUCCUUACCGACCGGAAGUGGAAAUUGUGAAAGUAUUCGGUAUCCGGAACAAGAAGGAAGAAGGAUUGGGUACACUACAAGGAGAGGCUUGGUGGAAUCUCCGGAAGCCAGCUCAGGAUCAGAUGUUGAAGCCGUCUGCCGUACGCUCUCAUAUUCCCCUCAUAGGACUGGUGGCUGACGAUUUUGUGGCGAGUUUGAAGGAUACCUUGGUCAUAGAUGACUGUCUGAAAACACUGGUCAGCGUGGCUACGGAAUGUAUGGGAAUGUUGUGUUUUAACCGGCGACUGGGGUGCCUUGAAGGUCAACCAGCGGUCAGCAUGGAAGACCUUAAUACAAUCUUUACAUCCACGGCUGAGGCGGGAAAAUUCUUCAAACCAUACAAAUACUUCAGGACACCAUUUUACAAGAGAUUCGAGAAGGCAGUGCUCACGUUACACAGUAUAACAGAAAUGGAGAUUCAAAAUGCUAUGCAGAGACUAAGAGAACGGUCCACCGAGGACUUACAAGAUCAGUCCCCGGAACCCAAUCUUCUGUUAUCCAUGUUGUCAGAUAGCCGCCUGAACACAGACAAAAUAAACAUCCUCAUCACAAAUCUCUUCGGCGGAGGCAUCGACUCGACCUCAAACAGUUUGGUCUUCCUCUGGCAUGAAUUAGCAGUCCAUUCAGACAAACAGGAAAAAAUAUACGAAGAAAUUAUGGCUACCAUUGGCCAUGAAGAUCUGAACAAAGAGACUCUUACGAAAUUGCCAUAUCUAAAAGCUUGUCUCAGAGAAUCUAUGAGGAAGAAUUUCCCCAUCAACGUUGGAAGUAUUCGAAUAUUAGACAACGACUGUUGUGUAGCAGGAUAUCAUAUUCCCAAAAAGACGCCGAUCUUGUUAGCAUCCCACAAUAUCAGCAAAGACACAAGGUUUUACAAGCACCCACAUCAAUAUAUCCCUGAAAGGUUUCUCAGAGGAAACUACGCAGACGGCACACUUGACGAGGAAAUAAAACACACUCAUCCAUUCGCAUUCCUGCCAUUCGGCUUUGGUCCUCGCAGCUGUAUUGGACAAAGAUUUGCAGAAACAGAAAUGCUUGUCUUAACGACUAAGCUAAUUCAAAACUUCCGGAUUUCCUUACCACCUGGAAGUCCCAAAAAGUUGGAGACCGUGACUCGAACAUUUACUGCUCCCGCCAGAAAAGUCACACUUCACCUAACUCCAAGGGAGAAAUAAUGGCAAAAAUUUCAGUCACCACUAUCCAAUGCGGAAAUCAUAGAAAAAGUUUAACGUCACCUCACUCCAAGGCAGAAAUCACAGUAAAAGACUCAUGUCACUUCACUACACGGCAGAAAUCAUAGCAAUAAUCUCAUUCACUUCACUGCAAGGCAGAAAUCAAAGCAAAAGACUCACGUUCACCUUAUUGCAAGGCAGAAAUCAUAGCAAUAAUCCCAUUCACUUUAAUUCAAGGCAGAAGUCAUAGCAAUUGUCGCACGUUCACCGUACUGCAAGGCAGAAAUCAUAGCAAAAGACCCAGUCAUCUCGAUACAAGGCGGAAAUCAAAGCUAAAGACUCAUGUCACCUCACUGCAAGGCAGAAAUCAUAGCAAUAAUCUCAUUCACUUUACUCCAAGGCAGAAAUCAUAUCAAUAGUCUCAGGCCGCCUAAUUUCAAGGCAGAAAUCAUAGUAAA